GACCUCAGUCUCUGAACCAGGAGGUGUUAAGCCGGUUCACAGCACGUUGCAGCUGCACAGACUCCUACUGUAUGAGGCGGACUGCACGCUGCUUUACAUAGACAGGACGCUACAGAUGACAAGUCAAACCCUGCUCAGGCUCACACACUGAGAUACGCGUAGAAGUGCGAUGUCGUCUCCUGGUGCCACCUCCAACCCUCUCAACACUCUGGCGCCCAAACGGAAAACCAAGAAGAAACACUUCGUGCAGCAGAAAGUGAAGGUUUUCCGAGCCAGUGACCCCGUGCUGAGCGUGCUGAUGUGGGGAGUCAAUCACUCGAUUAAUGACCUGAGUCAGGUGCCUGUACCUGUCAUGCUGCUCCCAGACGACUUCAAAGCCAGCACCAAGAUCAAAGUCAGCAACCACCUCUUCAACAAAGAGAAUCUUCCAGGACAGUUCAAAUUCAAAGACUACUGUCCACAGGUGUUCAGAAACCUGCGAGAGCGCUUUGGAAUUGAGGACCAGGAUUACCAGGUGUCUCUGGCCCGCAGUCCUCCGCUAAAAGACGAGGAGGGGCAGCGCGUGGGUCUGCUGCGGACAUCAUACGACCGUACUUUGGUAGUAAAAGAAAUCUCCAGUGAGGAGGUGGAGGAAAUGCACAACAUCCUUUCUGAGUAUCACCAGCACAUCGUCACCUGCCACGGCAGUACGCUGCUCCCUCAGUUCCUGGCCAUGUACAGAGUCACUGUGGAGAACGAGGACACCUACCUGUUAGUUAUGAGGAACAUGUUCAGCCACAGACUGCACGUACACAGGAAGUAUGACCUCAAGGGAUCCCUCGUGUCUCGUGAAGCAAGUUUUAAAGAGAAGGUGAAGGAGCUGCCCACUUACAAGGAUGUAGACUUCAGGAAUAACAUGCAAAAAGUUUACGUGAGCGAUGAGGAGAGGGAGAAGAUCAUGGACAAGCUCAACAGAGAUAUUGAGUUUCUGGUGCGUAUGAGGAUCAUGGAUUACAGCCUGCUGCUGGGAAUCCAUGAUGUGGAGCGGGCUGAGAGGGAGGAGGAGGAGGAGAUGGAGUCGUCCUAUGAAGAGGAAGAGGAGGAUGAAAACGGCUUGGCUCCCGCUCCAGGAUCCACGUCACCUGAGGGUAUCGGCGGCUAUAUGAACUCCUUUAAGCCCAUGGGUCCUGGCGAGUUUGACCCUUAUGUGGAUGUGUAUGCUAUUCAAAGCGCCGUAGGUGCACCCCAGAGGGAGGUGUAUUUUAUGGGUCUGAUUGACGUGCUGACGCAGUACGACACCAAGAAGAAAGCUGCUCAUGCUGCCAAGGCUGUCAAACACGGGGCAGGAGCAGAGAUCUCAACAGUUCAUCCAGAGCAGUAUGCCAAACGUUUCCGGGAGUUCAUCACUAAGAUCUUUGCAUAGUUCAAUGAUUCAAUCCAGACUACCAUCAUCCUUUCAUACAAGAGGAGUCUCAUUAUGCAAUGCUUAUGUAAUCUUAACUCAACAUUAAGAAGUACUGAAAAUUUACUGUUAAUUUCUGAAUGAUCUACAUGGUUUUUGAGCAUUUUACCCUCCAUAUCAUUCUGUACUGCGAGAUGGACUGUGUGUUUAUUUUGAACGAAGAACUGGAAUUUGCAGAUAAGAGGAAAAGUCUUUUUGGCAACUUGUUUUUAAUGGGUUUUCUUUUGUUUUCAUUUAAAGUUUUGGCAAUACUCCACCCCCGAACACAGUGGGAGGUGGAGAUGAUGAGGAAAACAUAUUUUCUCUGCACAAUAAUUGUAGAAAGUCUCACUUGCUGCUGCUCGGGAGCAAGAUGUAUGUUCUGCUCUUAAAUAUUAAUUUACGACUCCCUUGUCUCCCACCAGUGACAACACUUGACAGCACAAGAAUAAUUUGAGCAAAUCUACAGGGUGUCAAUUAGGAACAAUACAAUGCUCAGCACCAACGUGUGGUUUAAGCUGUUAAGACUGAUCUUAUCUUAAACGAAAUGUUGCCAAAUGCAGAUUUAAAAUAAGUAGCACCAGCAUAACAAUGUGACUGAGAACAGCUGUUAAAAACUGACAGUGGACACAGAUUUAAGAAUUAAAAUUGAAUGAUAUUUCACAGUCUAGCAUGUAUUACAUGAAUAUGUAAAUUCAUUAUGUUGUUUAUCACUGAAUGUAUUAUCAAUUACAAUAUUAUGAUUAGGUGCUAUUAAACUGGAUUUUUACAAGCGAUAAACAAACAUGCCAGACUGGCAAUUUCAUAACUGUUUCCCUUAUCAGUAAAGAAAUGCACAUUUGUCACUAUCUGUACACAAAAAAGUUACGAUAAUCUGCUGAAGAUUUAAGUACAAAUAGUUGAAUGUUUGUGUUUUGAAAGGCUGAAACUCAAAAGAUUUUCUUGCACAUCUUGCAACUCUCCAGUAGUGCUGAAGGGCAACACUCCCCUCAGCUCAGUGCUCAGUAUUUACAGUGCUACAUACAGAAGCAAUCCAGUGCAUCAGUGGAAGCUAUACACACACUUGCAUCAUCUGAAAGCAGCACAAACUAUUAAACUGUAAGCUGAUCAAAGAGCUCUCAUGUUAAACGGUGCAGCUUGGAUCCAGCCUCAUGUUGUAGCACCUAUUUUGGCAAAAUCAUGUACCCACCUGGGUAAAGUAUCAAAGGAAUCAUGAAGUUCAGAUCGGUGUAACUCUAACAAGUGGAUGCGAGUUAAAGCAAAUUGUGAUUCAUGGCAGCAGUUCCUCUGAAAUGUAUUCUCAGUGGUGCAGCAUUCAUUUUUGUCCUUAUUUAGUCCCUAUCCCCCGUCCCAGUCCUCCUGGCACACAUUCCUGAAUCUCCUUCUGAGAUUAUCUUGAGGAUUUCACUUUUAAUAGCUGAGUGGACAAACAGGCAGAGGAGGGACAAGAAGAUGAGGACAAAAACACGCUCAUGAGAGAAAAACAAUAUUGUUUAGAUUGUAUGAAACUGAUAAACACUAUCAGGGACUGGAGAUAAACUGAAGCAGCAGCAGUGCUUUGUUGGUUUGAUGAUACAGCCUAAACUAAGUUAUUUAAUAAACAUCAGAGUAAUGCAUUUGUUCAUGUAUUUUUGAGUUUUGUAUUUAAAAUACACAUCCAAGAGCCAAGGAUAGGUCAGAUCCAGAGCUUGAUGUUAAAUACAUGAGAGCACAGGAGAUGG